UUUAAACUGCUGUAGUAAGAUUUGUUAGUAAUCAAAGAAAAUGUUCACAAAAUACUGUUUACUGUUGACACUUGUUUUCACAUGCUCCCAAGAUUCUUUACAUUUUGCUCAAGCACAGGAUGAUAAUCCUCCAGGCUUUCUAAGCAUAGAUUGUGGACUACCUAAUGGUUCUGACUACAGGGAAAAUUUUACCGGACUAUACUACAAAUCCGACGCAGACUUGAUUGACAGUGGGGAGAGUAUCCGUUUAUCACCUGCCCUCAUAGGCGAUGGCCUAUUAAAGCACUUGGAGACGGUCAGGAGCUUUCCUGAAAGAGAGAAAAAUUGUUACACUAUUAAGCCUUUCCGCGGGAAAGGUAGCAAGUAUCUGAUAAGGGCAAGCUUCAUGUAUGGUAACUAUGAUUCGUUGAACCAAUUGCCAACGUUUGAUCUCGAUCUAGGACCAGACACCUGGAGCACAAUUGCAUUUGAAGAUAGUUUUAAGGUUGUGAGAAAAGAGAUAUUGCAUAUUCUGUCUUCGGAUUAUGUACAUAUUUGUCUUGUAAAGACAGGCUCCACGACGCCCUUCAUCUCUGCACUGGAGUUGAGGCCUCUCAAUAGUUCCAUGUAUCCAAUUGAUGCUGGAUCAUUGCUGACAUUUGGACACAUAGACUGUGACUCUACGCGUGGCAAUGCAGUUAUCAGGUACCCUAAUGACAUCUAUGAUCGAAGAUGGAUAUCCACAAACUGGACCAGUACAAAAGUAAGCACUUCCUUGGACAUUGAUAAUAAAAAUGAGUACCUAGUACCGAUGGAUGUGUUAAGGACCUCAAGCAUAGCAGAAGGAGCCAAUGAUCCCAUCCAGUUCUAUUGGGACACGACGAAUGCCACUGAACAAUUCUAUAUAUACAUGCACUUUGUUGAAGUGGAAAAACUUCAAGCCAAUCAAUCUAGAGAAUUCAACAUCUACAUAAACGGAUUCCUGUGGAAUGAUGAACUGUUGUAUAAUUUGCCUUGUGUCCCAAUCCUUCGUAAGCAUAUCAAAGCCAAGUCCAAGCUUCUUGAAGCGGCUAAACUUCAUGCUCAAAUAGGAUAUCUAUCUGUGACGACGUUCUACUCCAGAGGCCCGAAGACAGGUGAAACCAGGUACAGAGUCAUGAUCAACAGAACAGAGAGUUCAACACUGCCACCAAUUGUCAAUGGCUAUGAGAUUUAUAAAGCUAAGAACUUUUCAAACCUUGGAACAAAUGAGACAGAUGUUGCUGCCAUCCAUAACAUCAAGUCAACAUACGGAGUGAUAAGAGACUGGCAAGGAGAUCCAUGUGAACCAGAAAAGUUUGCUUGGGCUGGUCUUCAAUGCAGCUACCAUAGCUCCGAUCACUCUGCCAGGAUAAUAUCAUUGAAUUUGUCCACAAGUGGACUGACUGGUGAAAUAGUUCCUUCUGUAGCCAAUCUCACGCAACUAAAAACGCUGGAUCUAUCUAACAAUAAUUUAAGCGGGCAAGUGCCAGGAUUUUUGUCAGAAAUGGCUUUAAGUGUCCUGUCUAGGAAAAAUAAUAGGCUUACAGAGAAAACUGAUGUGUUCAGUUUUGGGGUUGUUUUACUUGAAAUGAUAACAGGAAAACGACCACUUUUAGGUCCUGAAGGCAACAUUGGCAUUGCUCAGUGGGUUGGCAACAAUGUUCAAAAUGGUUUUAUUACACAGGUUGUAGAUGUGAGGUUCGAAGAAAAUUAUGACAUAAAUUCUAUCUGGAAAGCAGUUAAUUUAGCCCUGAAAUGUGCAAGUGAAAUUUCAUCCAGGAGGCCAACCAUGGAUGAAGUGGUGAAAAUGCUAAAAGAGUGCUUGGCUUUAGAAACUGAUAACCUCGAUGCUGAUUCAAACGAUUCAAAUGAAAUGCUUUCUACUGAUCCGGAGAGAUCAUUGUUCCCAAGAUCAAGGCGUGCAAGCUUUCUAAGCAUAGAUUGUGGACUACCUAAUGGUUCUGACUACAGGGAAAAUUUUACCGGACUAUACUACAAAUCCGACGCAGACUUGAUUGACAGUGGGGAGAGUAUCCGUUUAUCGUCUUCCCUUAUAGGCGAUGGCCUAUUAAAGCACUUGGAGACGGUCAGGAGCUUUCCUGAAAGAGAGAAAAAUUGUUACACUAUUAAGCCUUUCCGCGGGAAAGGUAGCAAGUAUCUGAUAAGAGCCAGCUUCAUGUAUGGUAACUAUGAUUCGUUGAACCAAUUGCCAACAUUUGAUCUCAAUCUAGGACCAGACACCUGGAGCACAAUUGCAUUUGAAGAUAGUUUUAAGGUUGUGAGAAAAGAGAUAUUGCAUAUCCUGUCUUCAGAUUAUGUACAUAUUUGUCUUGUAAAGACAGGUUCCACGAUGCCCUUCAUCUCUGCACUAGAGUUGAGGCCUCUCAAUAGUUCCAUGUAUCCAAUUGAUGCUGGAUCAUUGCUGACAUUUGGACACAUAGACUGUGACUCUACGCGUGGCAAUGCAGUUAUCAGGUACCCCAAUGACAUCUAUGAUCGAAGAUGGAUAUCCACAAACUGGACCAGUACAAAAGUGAGCACUUCCUUGGACAUUGAUAAUAAAAAUGAGUACCUAGUACCGAUGGAUGUGUUAAGGACCUCAAGCAUAGCAGAAGGAGCCAAUGAUCCCAUUCAGUUCUAUUGGGACACGACGAAUCCCACUGAACAAUUCUAUAUAUACAUGCACUUUGUUGAAGUGGAAAAACUUCAAGCCAAUCAAUCUGGAGAAUUCAACAUCUACAUAAACGGAUUCCUGUGGAAUGAUGAACCGUUUGUUCCAGGAUAUCUAUCUGUGACGACGUUCUACUCCAGAGGUCCGAAGACAGGUGAAACCAGGUACAGAGUCAUCAUCAACAGAACAGAGAGUUCAACACUUCCACCAAUUAUCAGUGGCUAUGAGAUUUAUACAGCUAAGAACUUUUCAAAUCUUGGAACAAAUGAGACAGAUGUUGCUGCUAUCCUUAACAUCAAGUCAACAUACGGACUACGGAGUGAUAAAGACUGGCAAGGAGAUCCAUGUGAACCAGAAAAGUUUGCAUGGGCUGGUCUUCAAUGCAGCUACCAUAGCUCCGAUCACUCUUCCAGGAUAAUAUCAUUGAAUUUGUCCACAAGUGGACUGACUGGUGAAAUAGUUCCUUCUGUAGCCAAUCUCACGCAACUAAAAACGUUGGAUCUAUCUAACAAUAAUAUAAGUGGGCAAGUGCCAGGAUUUUUGUCAGAAAUGGCUUUAAGUGUCCUGAACUUAAAAGGAAAUAACUUUACAGGACCAAUUCCAGCUCAACUUUUAGAAAAUAAAAGGAAAGGGAUUCUAAUAUUGAGUUUUGACGGUCCGGGUAAUGGUACAAGUAUAGAACUGUGUGGGCCUGAACCCUGUAAAAAGAAAGGGAAUAGUUCAACUCCUGCAGUUGCUGGAUCUGUAGCUGGUUCAAUUCUACUCGUGGCGGCCAUAUUGUUUGGCAUAUGGAUACUGAGGAGACGAUCACGAGUAGCUAGGAAAUUGGAUAACCAACACCAAGUAAAUAAUGGUGACCUAGACAGAAAGAAUAGACAGUUCACGUACAAUGAGGUCUUGAACAUCACUGGAAACUUCAAGAGAGUGCUUGGAAAAGGUGGUUUCGGCACAGUGUACCAUGGCUAUGUAGGCAAUACUCAAGUUGCUGUCAAGAUGCUCUCUCCAGCUUCAACUCAAGGCUACAAAGAGUUCCAAGCAGAGGCUAGCCUUCUUCUCAGCGUUUCCCACAAGAACUUAACCUCUCUGGUUGGUUACUGCAAUGAGGGCAUGAACAUGGGAAUCAUUUACGAGUACAUGGCUAACAGAAGCUUAGAUGAGCAUCUAUCAGGAAAAAACUAUGGUAUUCUGAGGUGGGAAACUAGACUUCAAAUAGCACUUGAUGCAGCACAAGGUCUGGAGUAUUUGCACCACGGAUGCAAACCAGCGAUCAUCCACAGAGACGUGAAAACGAGCAAUAUAUUGUUGAAUGAACAAUUCCGAGCAAAGUUGGCUGAUUUUGGGCUGUCUAGAGCUUACCCAGUGGACGGUGGCACUCAUGUCACCACCAUUGUUGCUGGCACUCCUGGUUACCUCGACCCCGAUUAUAACACUUCAAAUAGAUUAACAGAGAAAAGUGAUGUGUUCAGUUUCGGAGUUGUUCUGCUUGUGAUGAUAACCGGAAGACCACAGAUAUUAACAAACGAAGAUAGGACUCACAUUGCACAAUGGGUUGACUCUAUUGUCCAGUAUGGUGAUGUUAAACAGGUGGUAGAUCCGAGGUUUGGAGGAAAAUAUGAUGUGAACUCUGUGUGGAAAGCAGUUGAAUUAGCAAUGACAUGCGCGUCUCGAAUUUCAUCUAGAAGGCCAACCAUGAAUGCUGUGGUGAUGGAACUAAAAGAGUGCUUGGCUAUAGAGAUUGGGAGUAAUGAUGCAGAUCUAGACAAUUCAAUUGAAAUAGCCUCAAUGGAUCCAGAGAGCUCUUUAGUUCCGGGACCUAGGUAGUUUAGUUCCAUACCUUUCUAUUAGGUCUUGUACGAUCAGUGCAUAACGAAUAAGUCUUAAGUACAUUAUUAUGGUUAGAUUGCUCUUCAUGACUGGUAUUUGUGUACACCAAUGAAAUAAUGUGACCGAUUUUCUAUCUCAU